AUGAAGAUCAUUAUUGUCGGAGCGGGAAUCUCGGGCUGCGCCGUCUACCUCCAACUUCGGAAGCAUCUUCCCAAACCACCAUCGGGAGAAGCGCACAAAAUCACAAUCUACGAGGCGUACGACACAAACGUCGACACUACCUCCGACGACCGCGGCUAUGGCCCAACACAUUCAUCCACCCUCAUUGUAGGCGGUGGCCUGGGCGUUGCGGCCAAUGGACUCGGCGUCCUGCAGCGGCUGGACGAGGACCUGCUGCGUGACAUCGUCCGAGACGGAUAUAGCUGCGCGACGAUGAACAUGAAGAGCAAAAGCGGAAAAGUUCUGGCACGCAUGCAGCCGGCCGGUAAGCCAGCUUUGGACGGACAGGGGCAGGAUACCAUGAACACUGUUGCGUGCAGUCGCCAUGCGCUGUGGCGACAACUUCGCAGGAGGAUCCCCGACGACGUCAUUGUCACAAAGAGAGUCUCCGAGGUGGUCGCCAGAUCCGAUGGUCUGAACGUGGUCAGUUUCGUCGACGGAAGUCCGUCUGCGGAAGCCGAUCUGGUCAUUGGCGCCGACGGGCUCAAGGGUUUAGCCAAGAAGGCAAUUUUUGCGGGUGACGGUGACGGCGACACGACGGACCCCUUCCCGCCGCACUACGAGGGUCUUUGCGGCGUUGGUGGCUUCGUCCCUUUCUCGCUCGUCAAGGAUCACGUCGAGAUUGGGUCGAUGAACUUUGUCAUGGGUGGCAACGGGUUCUUUGGCUACUUCAUCGCAGAGAGCGCACCGGAUGCGCCUCAUCGCGACUCUGCCCACCACGUUUCUCCGCCAGGGGAGAGCGUCGGUUGGUGGUCGACGUAUUCCGUCGACAAGUGCCCCGACCCAAAGUCGGUGCGCAAGGAGGAUAUACUUGAACAGCUUCGCCUACGCCACAGGGACUGGGACGAUCCCGUGAUACGCAAAGUCCUCGAGACUUCAAAGGUGACAUGUAUGUACCCCACAUGGGUCGUGCCUCCGCUGCCGACGUGGGAGCGAGACGGCGUCGUCUUGGUAGGGGAUGCUGCUCACGCGCUGCCGUCUACCUCUGGCCAAGGCGCCUCGCAGGCCCUGGAGGAUGUGGAGUGUUUUGCUCUCUUUCUCAGCCACCACUUGGGCGAGGCUUAUGAGUCGAACGCGGGCGAUUCUAUUGACCACAAGUACAUCAUCAAGACGGCGGCGAAACAAUACUUGCAUCUCCGCCAACCUCGUGUGAAGGGGAUCCUUGACCACGCUCAAAAUUGGCAGGACUGCAAGCGCGAUAAGACGGUUAUUGAAGAGUACAUCAUGUAUGCCUGGAUGUGGGCGAUAGGUCGAGCUUCUCCAGGCAGCAGUCGUGCCCACUCCACUCUGAUUUGCGCAUCUCAGGAACUUUAUGACUACCCACGCACCCAACUUUUCCCUCACUCCAAUUUCCUUGGUGGUGGACAUGUCAUCUCUCGUACCUCUGUCCCUUUGACCGGCUACACUGCUGGCCUUGGGCCCUCAGGAGGCGUGGCACCAAGCUGGACUACUACUCAUGGAAACUCCUUGAGCCGCGGGUCCGUGGUGCCUUGCCGCCCACUUGUCGGAAAACUCGUGGUCCUCAAGAUCCAUAGCAUAGUAUUACGUGACUUCAGUCGGGAGAGCUGGGGCGCUCCAGGUCUGCUUGUUCGUGGUAGAGAAGAGGAUCGCUGUGCUGCCACGGCCGUACGUCGUCGGCGCUGGCACUACCACGGCCGGAUUCACGUCAGGAGUCUGUGCCUCGAUGAGAUCUAG